AGAACAAGUUUGCUGUUUUAAAUGAAGCAUAAGUUUACAGCUGUAUGUGCACAGUUAAGAAAAGGUGGUUUAAAAGUGAAAUAUAAAAAUUGUAUUAGAGUAGAGUAUUCGAUAUCUGUUGACUAAACGAUCGUUCAGGAAACCAGCGAAGAAUUUUAUUGCAUUACGCCAUGUUCACCGAUGUGAGAAAAGUACACCAGAUGUAUUGCAGAGUUCGUGCAAAAUGUCUAUGUUAAAAAUUUCUUAUGAACAUCGAAACAAUGCUCACAUGUUUAUUCAAAGUAGCACGACGUUUAUUUUAACAUAUAAACCUCAACGCGACAAGUAAUUCGUUUAGAUAGACAGGGAACGAUAUGUAUGAAUGUUACACAUGGUUCUUUUUAAACAUCUUUUUUUGGAUUCUGUAGAAAACCUGUGACGAGAACAACUCGUACUUUUCACUACUUUUUAGGGAAUUAAUAUCAGUUUGUCAAUUAAUUGACAAACAUGUAUACAUUUAAACCAUUUGUGUUCAUAAAGCACGAAGCACAGAGUAUAGAACGUCCAAAAGCUAGAAGUGGACAUAGAAUAGUCUGUGAUCAUAAGAAUUUAUAUUCUUAUGGAGGGUUUAACCCCUGUAUCCCUGAUACUGAUCCUGAUAUGCAAAAUGAUCAGACAUGGAUCUCUAGUAAACCACUCUUCAAAGAAGUCUGGAAGUUCAAUCUUGUUACACAACAAUGGAAACGUUUACCAGGUCAAAAUAAUAUGCCCAAUGAGUUGGCAUCAAAUGCAGUGAUUUUAAGGGGCAAUGCCUUGAUGGUUUAUGGUGGAACUGGUGUACCAUUUGGUCAUAGUUGUAGCAAUCAUCUGUACGUGUGUAAUGUUAAUAAUGGUAGAAUGUACAUAGUUCCUGCAAAAGGAGAUCUACCUGAACCCCAAUAUGGACAAGCUUUAAUAUGUCAUGGGUCAUAUUUAUAUACUGUCGGUGGUACUACAGGAUACGAAUAUACUUGUGAUAUUCAUAGAUUUGAUCUUAGGGCUGGUAUUUGGGAGACUGUUUAUAUAUGUUCUGGAAGAGAUCAGAGUGAACCUACAGGACGAUAUAGACAUGAAUUAGCUUUUGAUGGGAAACUUAUAUAUGUUUUGGGAGGAGGGACAGCUACAGAAGCAUUUGGUUUUUCGGAAAUCCCUGCUUUUGACCUAGAAACAAAUAAAUGGAUAAUAUUAAACACAUAUGGUGAUAAUGAUGAUAAUACAGUGCCAGAACCUAGACGUUGUCAUGGAUCUGUGCAAUAUACAAAUGAAAAAACAGGUGUCACAUCAGUAGUAAUCUCUGGAGGGUAUAAUGGAGAUCAUGUAUUCUCUGAUGUUUGGAGAUUAGAUUUAAAUCUGUUACAAUGGACAUGUUUAAGGAAAUGUAUACUUCCAUGUCCUGUGUAUUUUCAUUCUGCAGCUCUUACUCCGGAAGGACGCAUGUAUACAUUUGGUGGUAUCGUUAAGGAAAAUAAUAAGGUUGUAAGGACAGAUGCAGUUCAUUCUGUUUGGUUAACAAUUCCUAAAUUAUCAGAAAUAUGUUGGCAAGCAUUAAUUCAUUACUAUCCAGACUUAAGGCACAAGUCACAGGAUGAAUUGCUUCACAUGGGUAUACCCCUAAAAUUUGUGCAAAGAAUCGAUUGGUAUGAUGCAUAAUAUUUAAGAAACUCUUUUGAUAUUUGCUACACAUUCAAAGCGUUACCACUCCGACCAUUGUUACCAGUUACUUAUUGCAUGAAUAUUGUAAUUGUUGAUCAUUAUUGCCAUAAUUUAUUUACGAUAUUUUUAUAAAAGGUACAUAGUGUGUUGGGCAAUUAAUAUGACAAAUAUUAUCAAUGGAUCACUUUCUUCAAAUUUACUUAUAUCGUGCAAUAUUUUACGUAUUGGAUGAAAUUAUGCAUUAUACAUAUUAAAAAUAGAAGAAAAGUUCUUAUAAACAUAUAUUCAGAAAUGAAUACUAAUGUCAAAAGAAUUUCAAAAUAUGUAGGUGUUUAAAACAUAUUAGGUCGAAAUAUACUAGAACUAAAUCAAAUUCUAUUUCUGGAAAGAAGCAUUUCAGGACAUAUGUUUAUAUAAAUUCUUUUUCUUGUUGUAACAAAUAGAAUUUGCACUCUAAAGUUUUAUCCUUAUCAAGUGCUUUUAAUACACUUGAUAUAACGAAGGAUAUAUAUGAUACUUUUAAAAUCUUUUUUUGUUCCUUCCAAAUUUCAUUCAGUUAUGAUUAUAAGAAAUCUAAGUUUGUGUAUCUAGAAAUUGCAAGUACAAUUUUUUAUACAAAGUUUUAUUUAUGGAAACAAUUGCAGAAUCAUAUUUUCAAAUCAUGUUUCUAAAUUAUUUUUUAUAGUAUACAUCUUAUUUUAUUAUUAUUUUCCUCAUCGAGUUGAAUUAUUCUUUUUACGUUUUUUACUUGAACUUUCAAUAAAGCAGGUUCUCAUAGCGAACAAAGAAUUGUAUUGCAUGCUAUACAAGGUUGCUGGUAAAUAUGCUCAUUAAUUUAGUUGUUAUAUAACAUUCACAGCAGAUAUGCCUAUAAUACAGCAUAUAAAUUUUCAUCUCGAACUAUGCAUAUACACAACUUGUUAAAAAACUAUGCUGUUUUUCCUUUACUUGCACUAUAAAACGCCUGUCAAUAAAAUUCACUGCAUCAUUGUAUGUAUAUAUAAAUAUAUAUAUAUAUAUAUAUAUAAGCAAUAAUUCAUAUAAUAUACGUGUAUCUUGAAGUGAAAAGGGAAGAAUAAGGACAUGUAAACAAAGACAUCGAAAAAAAUGUUAUCUCACUUUAGCUACGAUAGUUAUUCAGUUCAAUAUGUCGAAAAAUAAAUUUAUGUAAUACCACAAUAGUACCGUAAUAUAUUAAUAUAAUUGUCGUUUUUCACAUAUUAUUUAGUAGAUAAAAUUUUCCUUCUGUUUAUAAUAAACGAUUAUUGUUUUGCAGAGAUAAAUUAUAUGAAUUAAUGUAAUCUACAACAGUUAGAAGCAAAUUUUAUACAUUCACAUACAGAUCAACAGUACAAAUAAUACACAAAUCUUUAGGCAAUAUAAGUUUACUCUUUCAGGUAACACAGUUUUAUUUAGUUCGGCGAAGAAACGAUUCCUAAAUCUAAUUUUUAUACGACAUAAUCGAAAUAAUUUUAUUCGCUACUUCUAUUCAGGGAAAUUGAAUAGCAGAAAGUGCUCCAUUGCAAACGACAGCCUUUUUACGAUGAUAUUAUUGAUAAGAAUAUUAAUUACACAAUAUCUAUUUAUUGUCUAUAUCAUAUUACAGAUUAUUAUUUUUUUAAUAAAUAUAAGCUGGCCUGCGGAUAUGAAUAACAGAUUAACAGAAACCAGUAACGAUAUAACUUAUACUUUUUAGUAAUAUUUUAGUGACAUUGCAAGCUAAGUUUCAACAUUAUGAAUGGCAGUUGAAUUCAAAGUCUAAUACCAAAAUUCUCAUAGUAUUGAUUCUCAUUUGUGUGUUAAGUAAAUUAUACUUGGACUAUGAAGUCUGCAUAGAAAAGACGUAUCUUAACAAUUUCGAAGAGAUGUUAGUGGUCGAAUAUCAUCGAACAUUUAAGAUAAAGAAACGAGAAAAUUUCUUUAGCAAAUUGAAAUGACUUUAUACAGAAGAUUCUUCACUUCCAAUAAAAAAAAAAAAACUAAAAUAUUGCUUCUCUUUCGGCAGAAAACAGUACGAUAUAGGAUGUUGCCUUUCUCUGCAUUCGCAGUUUCUCUGAAGCAGAACUCCAUAUCAAACAGACGAUGUAUUUGCGUACCAAUUUCGGAGUACAAAAUAGCUUAAAAGUUACUUUAAGUACGCAGUGCAGAAUGCAUCUAAUUAUUAUUAGUAGGCAUGACUAUUGAAAGGGAACUCGGGGAACAAAUGAUGGUAAAGAGAAGGAUAAAUUUCGCGUGAAUUUGUAUGAAACGCAAAGUAACUCUUGCCUUAAAAUUAGAUAAGCUAAAUGCAUUCAUAUUUGUAUGCGAUACGUCAAUAAUAACAAUACAGUAAAAAAGAAUUCUUAUUGACCUUCCAUAUGAGUGGAUCGUAUCGGCAUGCGAAAAAUCACACGAAUUAUAUUUAAGUAGACACAAAGUUGUUUCUCUUCUUAUAUUGUUCAAUUCUCGGUGCUAUUUAUCUAAAUUUAAGGAGACGCGCGCCAUAGGCGAACGUAUUAGCAAAGAUAGAUUGUAAAUAGGAAAUUGAAUACAGUCAAGCUGAUACCCUUAAUCCUGUUUAUUUCUCUUCACACACCCUUUAUAUUAUAACUAAUGUACUGAAAAUGCUUACGAAUUUUAUGAUCAAAAAGUUUGUGUAAAAAGAAUCUUUUCCCUAUAAUUUGAAAUUGUAAAUGUUGUAAUUACAUAUGUAACAGGUGGUUGACAAUGCGCAAAUGUAUCUGGAAAAGCAAUGUAACAAAACACUUUGUAAAAAUUAUAUCGUUAUAAACAUCGCAUGUAGUUGAAAUAUCAUACUCUACGACUUCAUAUUAAACGAAAUUACCAAACGAAGUAAGGGUUUUCAGACAGCUGUGCAAAGACUACAUUGAAAUCUAAAUUGGUACAUUAACGAAGCAAUUAAGAUCUCAUUUGACGGUCUGGAUGUUAAUUCCACUUGUUGCCUUUAUCUUAUUAAUAAUGACAGUGAAAGUAUCUUAUAGUACGCGUGUUUGUUUUCGUGCCUUUAAAUGCGUGUACACGCGUUCACGAUGAUCGCAAAACGUCAACGAUAAGAUAUAUACUACUUAAGUAUUAUUACGUCUGCUCAUAGAAUAUCGAUAGACUGACAACAUUUCUUAAUAUCUCAAUUGUUCUAUUAGUGAUAUGAACAGACGCGAGAAGAUAAAAGAAAAAGAAUUCAAAAUUAUAAUGUCGAUGAGAUCAAAUACGUAAGACUAUAUUUCUAAAUAUUAGAGUUAAACUAGCUAGAUAGAUAAAUUAAUGUUUGUAUCUUUUGGUUGUAUUCGAACUAACAAAAAUACGCAAUACCCAUCGAAGCGAAAAUAAAAUAUAUUUUACAGACGUGCACUGUGAUUGAUUUAUUAAAUGGCGGACUGCCAAGGAAGA